UUCCCCGUUUCCCAGCCGGUGGUUCAGCCCUUACCCAUCACUUUAAUUCUCUUUCCCAUCACUACAUCAUCUCGAACACAACAUGGCGCGUGAUAGACUGGCAGCUAUGCGAGCUCAGCAGGGAGCUGGCGGCGCUGGUUACGGAGGCUACGGCGGCCAACAGCAAGGAGCUGGUAACAAUGGCUACGGCGACCACUCAUACCCGCAACAGAGCGGCGGCGGCGGAGGCUACGGCCAGCAGAAUUACAGUCAAGGUGGUUACGGUCAGCAGCAGGGCUAUGGCCAGCAGCAAGGCUACGGAGGAGGUGGAUACGGCCAGCAGCAACAACAACCAGCUUACGCUCCUCCAGCGCAAAACAACGCAUAUGAGAUGCAGGGCAUUGGUCAGCAGGGUGGCGGCUACGCACAGCCACCCGUAGUGGGACCAUCGGACACGAAUCAAUUCUUUGCAGAGAUUGACGAUGUGCGCGAUACGAUGAGGCAGGUCGAGAACAAUGUCGCACGGAUCGCCGACCUGCACUCGAGGAGCCUCAACAACAUGGAUGAACAAUCUUCUCAGCAAGCCAAGGCGCAACUGGACCAGCUGACCCAAGAGACUAGCAGAUUGACGAAUGCCGUCAAGAACCGCAUCCGCAACCUCGACGCUCAGACCGCCAAGCUGCCGGAGAGCGGAGAAAAGAAUGUGCGCAAGACCCAAGUGGGCGUGCAAAAGGGCGCAUUCAAGGAGCUCAUUCAGCGUUACGUCCAGGUGGAGAACGACUACAAGAAAAAGACGCGCGCGAGAGCAGAGCGCCAAUACAGAAUCGUCAAGCCGGACGCCUCUCCUGAAGAGGUGCGAGCAGCGGUAGAGGAUGAGUCGGGAGGACAAAUCUUUUCGCAAGCUCUGCUCAACUCGAAUCGACAUGGCGAGGCUCGUGGAGCUCUGCGCGAGGUUCAAGCCAGACACGACGAGAUUCUCAAGAUUGAGAGGACGAUUACAGAGUUGGCGCAGCUGUUCAACGAGAUCGACACGCUGAUCACGGAGCAGGGAGAGCAGAUCAACCAGAUCGAGCAGUCUGCCAUGACGACGGAGAUGGACAUGAAGCAAGGCACGGAGCAGACCGGCAAAGCCGUCGUGUCUGCGAGAAAAGCUAGGAGAAAGAGAAUCAUUUGCUUCUGGAUCAUCGUCGUCAUCAUCAUUGUGCUGGCCAUCGUCAUCUUCAUUGGCGUGUGCUUUUCUGGCGGAGAGUGGAAAUGCCCACGCUCUGAUCCUGCCCCCGCGCAAAACGCCCGUCGCCAUAUCAUGCCCCUCAUCAGCACGGAGCACCUCGACGUGUGGGAAAUGCGACGCAUGGCCACUGCUUUUGGAGUGGAAUUUCAUUGAGGAGGCGCGCGAGAAAUCGAUCUUUGCUUCAUGCUUCACUGCUCCCAGUGGCACGCACCCUCGCAAUGCCAGACGCUCCUCGGAGCUCGUAAAUAGCCCCUCCCCCUCUUGAUUCUUC